GCUCGAGAUAUCCUGAGGAGCGCUGGGGACAGGAACCGCGGGCAGGGGUGGGGCGGGGAGGGGCGGGAAGCCCAGACAUGAAGAACCGGCGGCGGCGGCGGCGGCAGCAUCGAAAACUCCUGUUCUUGCUCGUUCUGUACACUCUGGUCCUGCUGCUGCUGCCCUAUGUCCUGGACAGCCGCAAGGGCGGCGAGGAGGCGGGCGUCCGGCGUUGCCCCAGCCUUCCGAGCAGCCUGGGAGUGUGGAGCCUGGAGGCAGCGGCCGCCGGGGAGGAGGAGGAGGAGGAGGAGACGAAAACUUUGAUCCGGGCCGGAGGGGGAGCCCCGGAGAGCCUCCAGAACCGGAGCGACUCUGCCCGACGGUCGCCGCCGCUGCCGCGCGAGAAGCAGCACGUCUACCUGCACGCCACUUGGCGGACCGGCUCGUCCUUCCUCGGGGAGCUCUUCAAUCAACACCCCGACGUGUUCUACCUGUACGAGCCCAUGUGGCACCUGUGGCAGGCGCUCUACCCGGGCGACGCGGAGAGCCUGCAGGGCGCCCUCAGAGACAUGCUCCGCUCGCUCUUCCGCUGCGACUUCUCCGUGCUGCGGCUGUACUCCCCGCCGGCAGACCCCGCCGCACCGGCCCAGGGCUCCGUCAACCUCACCACGGCCGCCCUCUUCGGCUGGAAGACCAACAAGGUGAUCUGCUCGGCGCCCCUGUGCCCGGCCGCCCCCAGGUCCCGGGCCGAGGUGGGGCUCAUCGACGGGGCCGCCUGCGAGCGCAGCUGCCCGCCCGUGUCGCUGCGGGAGCUGGAGGCUGAGUGUCGGAAGUACCCGGUGGUGGUGAUCAAAGACGUUCGCCUGCUGGACCUGGGCGUGCUGGUGCCGCUGCUGCGGGACCCCGGCCUCAACCUCAAGGUCAUCCAGCUGUUUCGUGACCCUAGGGCAGUGCACAACUCCCGCCUCAAGUCCCGGCAGGCACUAGUGCGCGAGAGCAUCCAGGUGCUGCGCACCCGCCAGAAGGCUGACCGCUUCCAACGCCUGCUGUUCGCCCAGGGCGUCGGGGGCCGGCCGGGGGCAUCCCUGUUCCGGCCGCAGCCUCCGGGUCCCCGCGCAGACUUCUUCCUCAGCGGGGCGCUGGAGGUGAUCUGCGAGGCGUGGCUGCGGGACUUGCUCUUUGCCGGGAGCUCUCCAGCCUGGCUGCGCCGGAGGUACACCCGGCUGCGCUACGAGGACCUCGUGCUGGAGCCCCGCACCCAGCUGGCGCGCCUGCUGCGCUUUGCGGGUCUGCCCACCCUGCCCGCCCUCGAGGACUUUGCCCUCAAUAUGACUCGCGGCUCGGGCUAUAACGCCGACCGACCCUUCCUCAUUUCGGCCCGGGACGCCCGGGAGGCGGUGCACGCGUGGAGGGAGCGGCUGAGUGAGGAGCAGGUGCGCCAAGUGGAGGCUUCCUGUGGCCAGGCUAUGCGCCUGCUAGCCUACCCGCUCAGUGGAGAGGAAGGCGAGAAGGUCCGGGAAGCGAAGCCUGCGGGGGAGAAGCAGCAGAAAGAAGCGGAAGGCACUACAAAACAGCGCCCCAGGUAAAUGGCAACAUCGAAGUGUGCAGUCCCGAAGGAUGAAGAAUCACUACCGAUACUUUGCACAAUUGGGGUAUUGAGACUUCACUUGACACUAACUGCUGUACAGUUCUGCAUAGCAGAAAAAAAUAGUGAGCAGUUAAACACAACGGACACAUCUGCAAAGACUACAUUUCCAAUAAGGAAGUGACAUUUGUGCAAUAUGGAUACGGUGGCCCUCCAAUAUGGAGGGCUUUAUUUUCCAGCUUGAACCUGCCAGUGGUGAUUGCCGCCCUUUGAAGGUGAUGACAUUCCCGGUGACAAAUGAAGAGGAGACUUAAUUUUUUAUGGUUUCAGAAUUAAUGCUGUUUACAUCACAACUUGGACAGAAAUAUUGAUCUGAAAACCACGGCAAGUGUGGUCUUGCCCUAUGUUCAUUCUGUAACUUAAAGAAAACUUUUUGUUUUAAGGUCUGAAUGGGAUCUUAAAAAAAAAAGAUUCUUCUAGCACUUCUUUACCUUCCAUUCUCUAGGCCCAUCAGAGAAUUAAUAGAAUUGUAAUUUUCACUCCCAAGCUCAUAUUUGUAAGAAUUAGAAAUACUAUUAAAUAAUAAGUUCAGAAAGCAGCCAUAGAGACUUUAGAUUGAUGACAUCAGGUAAAAGUUGAGUACUGCCCUAUACACACAGCACCGGAUGGAAGCUAUGAAGAGGUUGAAAGAAACCUUAGGACUCCUGGCUUAACAGUGGAGGCAAAGCUGAAAUUCCCCAACUCAAAUCAAUUACAUACCCUGCCUGAGGCUCACCACUCUUAAUUGUGCCACUUGCUGGUUGAAGUUGGGCUGCUACCAGACCACAAAUGUGCCAUUAGUGCUUUAGGUUAAAAAGCAGGAGAAUAGAAAUCACAGGCAGAGGUCAGGUUUACAGUAUUUCCCUGGACACUAAGGCACAACCAGGCACAUUGGAAAAGGAUUUUUGUCUAAUGCUGCCCUGAUUUUUUGCACUCUGUUUAAAAAAACCAAAUGCCCCAAACCCCAAGUUCUUGAAUGAAACUGAAAGAGCCUAGGAUCAGGCCCCAGAGAAUAUACUCCAUCUUCCCUUAUGACAUCGUAAGAGUUAAAAGCAGAGAGGCAGUCCUGGUACAUAACCUGCAACAUAUUAAUUCUAAUAAUAGAUUAUGCUCCUGUGGGGUUUAGCCAAACCGUAGAUUUUUUUUUAAACUUCUAAAGCAAGAAGGAAGAAAGGAAAAAGGGAAAAUAGGGUGGGAAAUAAUUUUGUAGGACUUUGGAGAAGUCAGUCUAAGCAGAAGCAAUGGGAAAUGUUCAGUAAACCAUGCAGGAAGGGUUAGACUCUGAGGUGCCAAAUUGCAGGCCUUCCUGCUGAGCUGUGUAGGAGGCCUGGGAGUCAUGUUAUGCAGAGCACUGAAGCCCUUACUCCUGGUACAAUAUAACAUACUGUUAAAGGGUUAUUAAGUUUUGCUGUUGUUGGAGGCUAAAAUUCUCCCACCUUCUAGUUAAUAAAACCCUGCCCCCCCCAAAGACUGUUUAUCUUUGUAGGGAGUUAAUGUUCUUCCUGUUUCAUCUGAAAUAGGCUGUAGAUUCUGGAUUACCUUCCCACUGAAUCAUUUCUUAAAUAUGGCAAAACUUCUAACAAUGUAAAAAUGAGAGCUGUCUACAAGGCAAGUUAUUUACCAUUCCUUUAACUGUGUAAGGACACAUAGCCCCAUUUUGAACAAUGACAUUUUCAAUUCAGGAGAAAUAACACUUAACAGAACGGAAACAAAUUCCUCUCACGUUCCUCCAAAGCUUAUAACUGUGGAAGUCAACCCAACAAGCUAUAUGUAACUCAACUGUCACAGGAUAAAAUUUGAAUCUUUAAUGUUUUUAAAAUGGGAAAAAAAAAAGCUUUGUACAACUGACCUUGGGUUUCCCCCCUCCUCUCUACAGUCUCUGAGACUUGAAUAAACUGUUUAUUUACUUUUA